AUGGCGAUAUGGCUCGAUCUCGUCGAGGAAAAUGGAGACUGGACUGCAGUAGAAACCCGUCGCCUGGAGAAACUGGUCCGGGAACUACCAUUUCCACAAUGUCAACAGCCGAGUUUGAUUUACUUUGCAGGGAACAGCAAUCGCAUCAAAGCCUUGAAGGCCCUUUUCCCUCACAACAAUGUGACACGCAAGGGUGCCGCAGGGCUGGUUCGGCUUCACCUUAGCCUUCAUACGGAACACACCAACAAUCCAGUCUUGUUGGCGGAGAGCAGUCUCGGUGUCGCAAAGACACUAGGUGAUUCCAGGUGGCUUAAACACAUGCCGUGUGAACAUCAAAAAUGGAAAAUCGCGGGCGCUCGUCACGCAUCACUGUCGGCGCUACAAGAAGAUGUCAAACGACAGCUAGUUCUUCCGUGGACCCAGAUAGUAUGUCUCUUUCUGGACUCAGACGGCGACUUCAGGUCCGCAGAGAGCCUGUUCCGACAACCGUCUCGAUCACUGACUGUUGGUAACAUGCGUAUUCCAUCGUCCAUGCAAGUGGUGGUGAUUGUUUCGAAGCCAGGAAACGAAGGUAGUAUCACAGAGAGGUGUGCCAGUCUCGAAAAGUUUGUACCCUCGAACAGAUUCUCCAUGCUUGAUCUCCGUCAAAGAUCCAGUCUAUCGGAUGCUGUCGCAUUCGGGCCCCUCCACCAAAUGAUAUUCGAGAAGCUCUCGGAAACCUCGCUUCAAGAACAAUCCUCACACCGGAGGUUUUCCGCAUUGCACCUGAGUGCAUUUUGGAAUGCCAGCUUGGAGAGCUACCGAUUCUCCGUUCAUGAGGCGCAGCUCGAUGUUCUCUCCAAAGCUCGCGCAAACUUUCCCACACCUCCAUCGAUGAACGACUGCCUUUGCGAGGCCGCGCGGAUGGUGACAUCGUCGGGAUAUGGCAGGGAUGAGCUUGAACAUUUCUUUGCGUCGGCCUUCUUAAUGGAUACCUACCCACCUGAGAUGCAUGGCUUUGCUCCCACUCUUGUUUUCUCGGCUCUGUAUGGAAAAGAUCGUCUUCACAUCUGGCGCGGAGAUCUAAAAAGCCACUGGGAAGGCAUUCUGUCUCGGUUCGAACAGCUGUUCACGCAGAUGGGAGACCACAAUCGAUCCGCGGCCAUACGGAGGAGCACCCUUGGCCGAUUGUUUGGCCAAAAGCAGGGUCUUUAUUCCACCACCGUAUGCCUCUGCUGUUUAUUGCGGCCACCGGAACAUAUGAUGCCAUGUCAGCAUGCGCUAUGUGAUACCUGUCUCGUGAUAUUUGGGAUGCCGAGUCCUCUGGGUGAAUACCAUACGACGAUUGCCGAAUGUCCGAUCUGCAGCCAGAAAGCCAACAUCACAAUCCGCCAACUCCCCCCGACCAAGCACCCGGUGAUUCUCAGCCUAGAUGGCGGUGGGAUUCGCGGCAUAGUUCAGCUGGGUCUGCUUCGCGUGCUGGAGGGACGAAUCGGUAUCCCAAUAGCCUCUCUUCCAGACUUGUGCGUUGGAACCAGUGUAGGUCGAGCAGGCGCACUCAUAGCGAUCGACCUCUUCCUCAAUCCAGGCUCGGUCGAAGGAUGCUUUUAUCAAUUCCCACAACGGGCGAGAAAGAUCUUUCAUCGAUCGACAGCGACUACGCCUCGCCUCCUCCGGAUAAUGGCAUCCGCAUUGAACUUAUCCACCCAUGGUCUGUAUGACUCCGAGAGACUGUCGGAAACCGUGAAGGAAGUGACAGGUCCCGGUCGCCGGCUAUUCGAUACUGCAACUGUGAGUCCCGCGGGGUGCCGCGUUGCGUUCGUAACAAGCCGGACUGCCGACGGGAAGGCCGUCGUGUUGGCGAAUUAUCGAGGGUCGGGUCAGCGCAAUGCAGACGCCGCCUACGAAUUCCUGGUGCCUCGUAGCAACGAAGAGAAUCCUCCACUGCCUGACGCAGGUGCAUGUAGCACUGCGGCACCGAUCUACUUCGAUACCAUAAAUUUACCGGGAUUCGCAGGGUCACCUUUUCAAGACGGUGGAGUUCGUGCGAACAAUCCGCUAGCCAUUGCUUGGCGGGAGUCGACCAUCCUCUGGCCGGCCGCAAGGAGACCUGAUCUGCUCGUUUCGGUUGGAACAGGAUUCUCACCGGCGGCCCCCAGCCGUGCCACAGGGCUUCUGAAACGGCUUCGCGAGGGGGCACUGCCUCGGCUCAUCCGGGCUACGCUGUCUUCGCCUACCAUGGACGGAGACCAAGGGUUUCGCGAGGCCUUGAACUAUCUCUCGCAUCGUCCAAACCCCAACGUGUUUCGCGUCGACCACGAGAUCGACGGCACCCUUCCCGAGCUGGAUGAUGUCUGCUCUCUCGAAAUGUUGUCUCAACGGACGUUUGUUGUCGCGGAUGAGCUAGUCCGCGCCGUUCUUGCCUCGGCGGCGCUCUUCUUUGAAUUGGAUGAUAUCCCCACGCAGCGCCACGCUGGCCUUCACUGCCAAGGGUCCAUCCUCUGCGCGCGACCGGACGCUGCUGGAAUCCUGCGGCGUGUUCUUGUCGAGAUCCCUGAGGCGCGCUUUCAAGCUGGCCAGAGUCGUCAACUAGGCCCAGUGGAUGUUGCAGACUGCUGUCAUUUCUGUGGCUACUUCAGGAGAAGAGUAGAAUUCGUGGUUGCGAGUCUCGACGAAGGGUUUACCAUCGAGAUUGCCAACCACGUCUCGAGUCAGAAGAUCGGAGGCUUUCCGAAAAGUGCUCGGGAAUUCUUGGAGGAUCAGCAGGCGUUUGCUCGAUUUGGCAGGGCAGACCAUCAGGUUUCGCGAUGGCCGCCGGUGCGACAAUGCCACUGCGCCCAAGGGAUGAAACGGAAGAUCCGAUUCACGGAGCUGACCCUGCCGGGAAAACGCGACCGACCUGAGCCAGCCAAUCGUGAAAAGGUUUAG